GUCAUUUGCCGCUCUGGCCAUACCCUAACCAUAUGGUGUUAUAUCCUUCUCCCUACCACCAUUAAGCACUUGAGAGCACAAAGCUGUAAGUGUAGAUACAACUCCAAGCAGCUUCUUCACUUCUUCAUCAUCCUCUUUUGAACUCAGAUGACGCUCUUCGAUUGGGAUCCGAUUGACCUGGAAUCAAAGCCGGCCUCGGUUUGCCACGUAGUGGCCUUGCCUUACCCUGGCCGAGGCCACAUCAACCCCAUGAUGAACCUCUGCAACCUCUUGGUCUCCAAGAAGCCCGACAUCCUCAUCACCUUCGUCGUCACGGAGGAGUGGCUAGGCCUCAUCGGGUCCGAGCCGAAGCCUGCUAACGUUCGCUUCACCACUGUCCCCAACGACGUACCGUCGGAGCUCCAUCGAGCCAAGAACUUCCCUGCCUUCCUCGAAGCCGUCUUCACGAAGCUGGAAGCUCCGGUGGAGCAGCUGCUGGAUAGGCUGGAGCUCCCAGUGGCGGCUAUCAUAGCGGACACGUACAUGCUGUGGGCGGUUAGGGUCGGCAAGCGUAAGAAUAUUCCGGUGGCUACGCUCUGGACGAUGUCGGUCUCGGUGUUUUCGGUGUUCCAUCAUUUCGAGAUGCUGAAGCAGAAGGGCCAUUUCCCGGUUGACUUGUCAGAGAGAGGAGAAGAGGAAGUGGACUACAUUCCUGGAGUCGCCAAGACCCGCCUCGCAGAUCUUCCUACGAUCUUCCACGGAAAAGGGCGCCAGGUACUGGGCGGAGCCCUGGAGUGCAUCGCAUGGGCCUCCAAGGCCGACUACUUCCUCUCCACCUCCUUCUACGAGCUCGAAUUCCCUGUCGUGGACGCCCUCCAAUCUCAACUAUCUGCGCCCGUCUAUUGCGUCGGCCCAACCAUCCCCUUCUUCGACGGCGAAGGCGACAGCGGCCAAGACGUGGCUUAUCUCCGAUGGCUCGACUCUCAGCCCGGAGGGUCGGUCCUGUACGUAUCUCUCGGGAGCUUCCUCUCAGUCUCGGAGGCUCAGAUGGAGGAGAUGGUGGCAGGGGUGCGGGACAGCGGAGUUCGGUUCCUGUGGGUGGCACGCGGGGAGACGUCGCUGAUCGGGAGCGCAUGCGAGGAGGACAUGGGACUGGUGGUGCCCUGGUGCGAGCAGCUGAAAGUGUUGUGCCACCCUUCGGUGGGCGGGUUCUGGACCCACAGUGGGUGGAAUUCCACGCUGGAAGCCAUCUACGCUGGGGUCCCCAUGCUGACGUGUCCCAUUUUCUGGGACCAAGUCCCCAACAGCAAGCAGAUCGCGGAGGACUGGAAGAUCGGGUUGAGGGUUACGAAGGAAGGUGGUGGUGAUGGUGGUGAGGAUUUGGUCACCGGGCAAGAAAUUGCACGGCUCGUGAGAAAGCUGAUGGACAAGGAAAGCGACGAGGGGAGGGAAAUGAGGAGGAGAGCAAGAGAGCUCGGAGAGGCAUGUAGACGGGCAGUCGCGAGAGGCGGAUCGUCGGACCGGAAUUUGGAUGCCUUCAUCAGUGAUAUUUCAAGGGCUGAAUGAAUCCAAUCGAGGGGGUUAAGUUUGCUUUGUGAUUCCAAACAACCAUUUCAUUUUGUUCAAUCAAAAACUGUUCCCCCAUUUUUUCCUC